AUGAUCGGAACACCAGCUACGUUGGUUCGAAGAAAACUGCCAUCAGCUGAUUAUUCUUCAUCGGACAGCUACACCAGAAGACAACAAAGAAGUCGUUCGCUCGGCAACUACAGGAGUCAAGAGGGACAUCUUCGUACUUCAGAAGCAGCCACAGCAGAAUACAAGCGGCAUCAAGACCAACGUCUUCAAGAAGCAACAGGCUCAGAAGUUCAAAAGAAGAAGGACAAAAACGUACCAGCUGCAGAAGACAUCGCACAACGAAAUGUUGAAAUUUCGCCUCAACAACGUCAUCUGCAACUGUCAACAACUUCUGAGAACAGCGGGAGGAUACUUCUACCAGCCGAAGACGUCGAUCUUGUUCAUCAACACGAACAAGAGAAGAAUCGGCAUCGAAAGUUGUUAAACUUGCUGCAGAACUCUUACAAGAAGAUGUUCAACGUCAUCUCAACCGAAGAACAUCCAACUGGCUCGUCUCCAAGGAUCGCAACUUCAGGGGAAACUCAGCGACGAUGUCUACAAGCCAAGCUGUCUAGAAAUCGUCAAAUCUUCACUCAACUUCAACAGAAGUCCACUCAUCUGCCGAUACCAGCUCAAGCGAUCGAGCAAGUGAACAAGCAACAUCAGGAUCACGAAUCGGAGGAAGAUGGACGAGAAGUGGACAAGCCGAGUGAAUAG